UGUGCUCCGCGCCCUUUCCUGAGGGGACGGGCCGAGAGUCUGCGAGGCGGCGGCAUGGACGGUCCCGUGUCCAGUAUGGAGGUCUGUAACCUGGCCUACACGGGGCAGCUGGAGUUGCUGCAGGACCGGCUGAGGGAGGACCGCAGCCUGGCCACCCGCAGCGACCAGGAUCACCGAACAGCGCUGCACUGGGCGUGCUCAGCGGGACACACGGACAUCGUGCAUUUCUUGCUAGGCCUGGGCGUGCCUGUCGAUGACAAGGACGACGCUAGCUGGACUCCUCUCCAUAUUGCAGCUUCAGCAGGCCAUGAUGAAAUUGUGAAAGCUCUGAUUGGAAAAGAUGCUCAAGUGAAUGAUGUUAAUCAAAAUGGCUGCACACCUCUGCAUUAUGCAGCCUCCAGAAAUAGACAAGAGAUUGCAGUUAUGCUGUUAGAGAAAGGAGCUGAUCCUGAUGCAACAGACCACUAUGAAUCCACUCCAUUACACAGAGCAGCAGCCAAAGGAAACCUAAAAAUGAUACAGAUCCUGCUGCAGUACAAAGCGUCUGUGAAUAUGCAGGACUCUGAAGGGAACACACCUCUCCAUUUAGCCUGUGCUGAAGAGAGAGUGGAUGAGGCAAAGCUGUUGGUGUCCCAUGGUGCAAGUAUUUACAUUGAGAAUAAAGAAGAAAAGACCCCGCUGAAAGUGUCAAAAGUUGGCCUGGGAACUGUACUUAAAAGACUGGUGGAAGACUAGCAGUGUUGGAUGAGUUAUGACUUGAAUUCCAUUCCUGAUGCACCCAUUUAAGACUAUUAUCUUAAUAUUUUGAUAGCUUAAUUUUGAUAGCUUAAAUGUUGUUAUAAUGUGCAUAUAU